AUGUCGGCGAUGCAUCCAAGGCCCCAGCUGGCACGGAGGGCACAACCGCUCAGACCCAGCCUGUACCCUACACGGGUCAACAGUCAGCAACGGGGGGGAAGCCCGCGCCUACCUUCGACGUCACCGAGCACCGCCGACGGCGCCUACAGCACGAUCCACCGGAAGCACGCCGUCGACCCCUACUACCAGGGGACCACCACCGAAGGCACCUACAACACGAUCCACCGGAAGCACGCCGGCGACCGCUACUACCAGCGAGCAAGCGAGGACAAGCCCACCAGGGCCGCGACGACCCAAAUCGCACAGCUUUUCCUCGAGCAGCACGAGCAGCAGCAGCUCAGACGGCGCAGCACAGGGACAACCACCCCUGCCGGCGCCUACGAGGACCCAGACGAGGAAUUCGAGCAAGAGGCAUGGAACUCCAUCCUCGACUACGUGCCCCGGAAAAGCCAGAAACGCAGGCAACCGCCAACCGCUGAGUCUCCACCACCCGAGACCCCGAAGAGACACGAGGGGACCGCGGCAGCAAGAGCAGCAGCAGACAAGACCUCCAGCGCAGCCCGUGCCAUCCCACAGGCAACAAGCGUACCCGCCGAGCACAACGACGACGCCUACUACCAGAAGGCAGCACGACUACAGGAUUCGGAGCACGAAAACAAGGAAAAGCACACUCACCAGGAGCCCCCCGAGACGAUCCUGGAGACCCACAACAACGACGCCUACUACCUGAUUGCCUCGCGCUCGGGGCUACAUCCAGACCAGGACGUUUUCGAGAAUGCCUCCCCAACCGGCGAGAAGACGGAGCCCCACGACGACAGGGGAGAACCAACGGGGACCGCCAGAGAAGAAUCUGAGGGGCCAGACUGGAGCCGUGACAGUCAAGAUGAGGUCGAGGAGGGGGACAACGACAACACCACCAAACAAGAACUGUCGGAACCGCCAAGCAGCGCAUGGGGGUCCAGACGACCGGCAGAACCAGAAGGCCCACCGCCACCAAGGGCCCCAAAUGGCCGCACACGCAAAUCGGCCCCGCUGACGGAAGAAGCUCGUAUAGAGCGCAACCGCCGCGACAGAGCAGAAUGGAGAGAAAGACGACGACUUCGCCGACGACUGGAGCCUGGCUUCUUUUACCCGAGUGGUGCGGAGCAGCGGAA